AUGAAGUCACAGCAAGACCCAAGAAGCGACGGCCACGAGCCCGCCGAGAUAUCCGAACAAGCCUCCAUUCCCAAGACGCCAGACACCGGUCAUGAUAAGCGCAGUCCAAGUCCAGAGGGGGAACGGCCGCCUCUACCCCCACGGCCCAGCACACUGAGCCUGUUGAACGAUGAAACGGCGUCUCGGGCGACUUUACAAGCGGAGGCAACAACUGCUGUCUCACGAAUGGAUAUCGGGACACAGUCAUCAGAUGCUGGAAGUGCCCAUUCUACAAUGGCUCUUCGCGGCUUGCCCCGAGGUCCAAGGGCCAAGACGAGUCUGAGCCAGUUAGCAAGCUCGCGGGGCAGCGAAGCGGGGGAUUCGGCCAGCAUUCGCAGUUCGAUUCUGAAUACUGAAAAUGGAGAUGAUGGGGCUCUCUUUACAGACUUUGUUGCUACAGCGCCUGGCGGUCAACCGCAGGAUUCGACAGGUCUACUCAAUUUCCCCGAAUUUGCGGCCGAUGAUAUAGAUGAUGAUGGGAUUCUGAGCGAAUUCGAAUCUAUUGGCGAGCUGAACGAAGAAGGUGACAAUGAAGAAAUGCUGCUCCAACGGUGGAAGGCGAAGCGCAAACACUAUGUGAUCCUGUCCGCUGCUGGCAAGCCGAUUUGGACGAGACAUGGUGACAGUGGACUGAUAUCUGGCUAUGUCGGAGUUAUUCAAACGAUCAUAUCUUUCUAUGAAGAUGCAGAUGAUCACCUCCGAGGCUUCUCUGCUGGUGACACUAGGUUUGUUGUCUUGACUCGGGGCUCUUUGCACCUCGUCGCAAUCAGCCGCAUGAUGGAGAGCGACAAUCAACUUAAACUUCAGCUGGAAGCAUUGUAUAUGCAAAUUCUAUCUACAUUGACACUGCCUUCACUCACCCAUCUCUUUUCUGUUCGGCCGUCUACCGAUUUGAAACGGCCUCUGCAGGGUUCAGAGUCUCUUCUCUCAUCUUUAGCGGACAGUUUCACACGAGGAUCUCCGUCUACAUUACUUUCUGCUUUGGAAUGUCUCAAGAUCCGCAAGCAACAUCGCCAAACGAUCAGCAAUGCGCUUCUAAAAACCAAAGCCAGCAGUCUUUUGUACGGCUUAGUGGUGGCUGGCGGACGACUCGUUAGUGUUGUCCGUCCGAAGAAGCACUCCUUACAUCCAGGCGAUCUGCAAUUAUUAUUCAACAUGGUUUUUGAAGCCGAUGGCGUCAAGGCCGGAGGCGGAGAGAGCUGGAUUCCCGUCUGCCUGCCUGGCUUCAACAGCAGCGGUUAUCUCUAUAUGUAUGUCAGCUUCCUUGACAUUCGCGACGAUAUCGAAAACAGCGCAGAAAUCACCAAGGACGAGUCUGUUGCCAUUGUCCUCAUCAGUCCCGACAAAGAAGCUUUCUUUGAAAUGCAAGGAAUGCGUGAUGCCCUUGUUGAGCAAAUGGAGAAAAACGGCAGUCUAAAGGAGAUCAAGACAGCAAUUGGCAAUGGCCGGCCCGCUACUACGGAUAUAGUUCCUGGAACUGUCCUCCAUCACUUCCUAUACAAGUCUCGUGCCAACGUACAAUUUACCAUGUCAUCCUACUCGCCUGAAUUUUCAUCAUUGACUCGGCGGCGAAGACUGAUGUCGAUGUACAACAACCUACACUCGAGCAUCCAUGCCAAAGACACACACGUCAAAGUUCACCACUGCGUUUCACGAUCUGUCAGCUCUUUUGGCUGGGUGACCCCCGUCUUUGAACUCUAUUGUAUUGCCGAACCGAAUACGAACCGAAAUGCACUUGCUCAAAGUGCCAGCAAAGUUGCACAGUGGGCUCAACGUGAGGAAGAGAGGCUAUUCAUCAUCGGUGGUGCGGUUUUCUGA